UUUUCCAUCCUAUGCCGUUAUACGUGUCAUCUGUCUACUGUUGCAGGAGACCAGGAGUUACUCUCCGGAGUCCGGACACAGGAGAGGAUCCAAUCUCCCUCGCCAUCACCUUACCGUCAAAACGUCAGUUCAUAUGGCAGCCCUUCUCUCCUGCCAUUACUUCCCCUUCAUUGCUGCUUCCGAACGUAUCUUCCCGUCGAUCGCGAAAACCAGAAGAAACUGCUUGGAUGAUCAUCAGAGGUUUGUUUGGAUUCCGCGUUUUGGAACCCACUCUUUUUCCGUCAAACCUUCUCCGUUUUGGCCAGACCAUGAACAGCAGAAAAGGAGAUCAUUCUCGUUAAGGGAAUGUGCAUUUUCUAUGGCACUAGCAUUCGGAUUGGUUACAAGUCUACCUGCACUGGGUUGUCCUGCUUUGGCUUUUCCGUCUAGUCCGGUCUUACCUGAGGUUUCAGUGUUGAUCUCCGGACCGCCGAUUAAGGACCCAGAGGCUUUGUUGAGGUAUGCUCUACCCAUCGACAAUAAAGCUAUCAGGGAGGUUCAGAAACCUCUUGAAGAUGUCACGGACAGUCUCAAGGUUGCUGGGGUCAAAGCUCUGGAUUCCGUCGAAAGAAAUGUGAGGCAGGCGUAUCGGGCCCUCAAGCUAGGGAAAGAUUUGAUUCUUUCAGGGGUUGCUGAGUCAAAGAAAGAGCAUGGCAAGGAAUUGCUUGACAAGCUAGAAGUUGGAAUGGAAGAACUUCAACAGAUUGUGGAGGUAAAGAACAGGGAUGCUGUGGCACCUAAACAGAAGGAGCUGCUUCAAUACGUUGGAGGUGUUGAAGAGGAUAUGGUGGAUGGUUUCCCCUAUGAAGUGCCUGAAGAGUACAGAAACAUGCCUCUUUUGAAAGGGAGGGCAACCAUGGACAUGAAGGUUAAGGUUAAGGACAAUCCUAACUUGGAUGAAUGCGUAUUUCGUAUGGUUCUAGAUGGCUACAAUGCCCCGGUAACCGCUGGAAACUUUGUAGAUUUGGUGGAAAGGCACUUCUAUGAUGGCAUGGAGAUUCAAAGAGCGGAUGGCUUUGUAGUUCAGACUGGUGAUCCUGAGGGACCUGCAGAGGGUUUCAUUGAUCCUAGUACAGAAAAGCCACGUACAAUACCAUUAGAAAUCAUGGUUGAUGGGGACAAAGCACCUGUGUAUGGGGAAACAUUGGAAGAGCUUGGUCGAUACAAAGCCCAGACAAAACUUCCUUUUAAUGCAAUUGGGACUAUGGCCAUGGCCAGAGAUGAAUUUGAGGACAAUUCUGCUUCAAGCCUGGUAUUUUGGCUCUUGAGAGAAAGCGAACUGACUCCUAGUAAUGCCAACUUAUUAGAUGGCCGGUAUGCAGUAUUUGGGUAUGUAACAGAGAAUGAGGAUUAUUUGGCAGAACUCAAGGUCGGAGAUGUUAUAGAAUCCAUUCAAGUUGUCUCUGGCCUUGAUAAUCUUGUCAACCCAAGCUACCAGAUUGCUGGCUAAAUAUUCCUCUGCUCCUGGUAGCAGAUUUAUUGUCCACAAGGUUCCAUAAUUGUAAUGUCAGUUCCUGCACUUUUGAAUCCUUACCCUUCAUAAUGUUUGAAUUUGAGUGUUGUUGAGUAUAAAAUCCGGCAGGUUUAGCAUUAUGAAACAAAAUCAUUUGUUUUAUCAUCUGUAAUUAAUUCUCAUAACAUGGUCUCAUUUUAUUUAUUGAUACUAUUGCUAUAACAAGGAUUUACUGACUCGGUGCCAUCCACCUAUGGGGAUAAUGAUCAUUGACGUCAGUGGAGGCUUUGGCAUCAGCACACCAGAUUUUGUAAUGGGCUGGAUAGCACAUUGUAGCCCGCAGUUCAGCGUGGAAUCCUGUGUCGUUUGUAACUCUCACCCCUUGUAUUGCCCCGAUGAAAUACGAAAAAUUCCACCCUUGUUCA